ACCUUUCAUUAAUACUUUCGGAUAAGAGUGCAGGAUUAGUCAUGAGUCAUAACAGCACAGAAAAACAAGUUUAGAAAGUGAAUUUCUCGAUAUUAGGAAAGACAAUCGUUUUAAGAACUGUGAUUUUUGCUCUACAGCCUUAAUAACAUCGGAUAAGAGAUCGUCAACAAAUACCACGAUGGCCGGAAUGCCAGAUCAACAGUUUCUGUGGAACAUUUUCCAAAAGGUCGACAAGGAUCGGAGUGGCUUCAUCUCGGCCGAUGAACUGCAACAAGCUCUAUCGAACGGCACGUGGAAUCCAUUCAACCCGGAAACGGUUCGUCUGAUGAUAGGCAUGUUCGAUCGUCAAGGACGAGGAAUGGUUAGUUUCCAGGACUUCGGAGCACUCUGGAAGUACGUUUGCGAUUGGCAAAACUGCUUCCGUUCUUUCGACACGGACAAUUCUGGAAACAUCGAUAAGAAUGAGUUGAAAGCGGCACUUACUGCAUUCGGCUACCGUUUAUCGGAUGGAUUGUACGACACACUGAUCCGUAAAUUUGACCGAUACGGCAAUGGUACAAUACUUUUCGAUGAUUUUAUCCAAUGUUGCGUCAUUCUGUACACCCUAACGGCGUCCUUCCGGCAGUACGAUACGGACCAAGAUGGUGUGAUAACUAUUCAAUACGAACAAUUUCUAAAUAUGGUCUUUAGCUUAAAAAUUUAAAACUUUACAUUUUAGUUAGGAAGGAGAUUCUACUAAUAAAUCGAUUUAAUGCAUGCCAAUUUGUAAAAAUGAACGGGAAUCAAAAUCGAGAAGUUAGACAUCAACAUUACUUCUAUAUUUGUAAGUUUAGUUAUCAAAUGGUUGAUGAGAACAAAUUUCCCAGAAAAAAAUACCUCUGAAUCAUCAUAUGUUAAAUAUUCAUUCAAAUAUGUACAUCACUCUGAGUGAUCUUAGUCUUAUUGAAAAACUACAAAUAGAAAAUGUGUUGCCAAGGUUUUUAUCUACAUUUUAUUGUUGCUUGAAAUAAAGUUUUUCUCAACUUA